UCAAAAAAAUCUCCAUCACAAAAUCAUGUUUUUGCAGUGGAGACAUCAGUAGAAAAGGAAGAGAGCAGUAACUGAUACCUACUCGAUUAGCAAGAUCUUUUGAUUUGCAACGUUUUGUCACAGUUGAUCUGAACUGAACUUACCUCUGAUAAUCAGUCUGUUGUACAUGAAAAGCAAAUAUCAAGGUUACAGUGAGGCACUUAAAAUGGAAGUGAAUGGGGCCAAUUUUUGGAGCAAGAUGCUGAUACCAGCGUUUUUAUUUUUCUGUCUGCGCUCUCUGACCGGUGAAGCUACUGAAGUGGGUCUUGGUGGUAAAGUGCUUCUAUUUCCAAGCAAGUCCAAUUCCAGCUUUGUUAAACUCUUUCCUACAAAACCACUGGGGCUCUCUGCAUUUACACUAUGCAUGCAUGUUGCGAUGGAGCUACAGGAUGGGAGGGAGUUCAUUCUCUUUGCCUAUCGCACACAAGAGUGUGACGAACUUAACCUUUGGAAAGAAAAAGAUGGCCGCGUGUCACUCUAUAUUCAAUCUAGCAUGGAUGGAGUGUUGUUCCGACUGCCACCACUCACCAAUUUACGGACCCACCUGUGCGUCACCUGGGACUCAGCAACUGGUCUUGCGGCCUUAUGGGUGGAUGGACGUCACAAUGGAUCCCAGGAUUAUAGAAAAGGUCGUCAAAUCCGUCCUGGUGGCACCGUUCUGCUCGGCCAGGACCCUGAUAUUUUACUGGACAUAUUUGACCCAGAGCAGAGCUUUAUAGGAGAAAUUACAGAUGUGAACAUGUGGGAUUAUGUUCUCUCAGGAAACCAGAUUAUGCCGUUAUAUUUGAAUAAGGAACGUGCACCAAAGGGAAAUGUGUUUGAUUGGAGCUCCAUAAAUUAUGAGAUAAAUGGACAUGUGAUAGUCAUUCGGUAUGAUAAUGAUAAUUUAUUACGUUCAGAUGUAAUGUCACAGCAUUGUCAAUCCUUAUGAUAUUAAGAAACAAACCAAUAUAUAUACAUAUAUAUAGAUUUUUUUUUUUUUUUGCACAAUACAAAAGAGGUGUUCUUGCAUAAUUGCACUGCAGCACUGUUAUGACAUAGAUUGUUUGUUGUGUUGGUUUCUCUUCCUCUCUUCUUUCUCUCUGUGAUUUGAUUCUCCUCCCCUCAGUUCAGUUGCUCUUCUUAUUACCUCCUAGUUUAAACAAUCUUUUAAAAGAGCUUUAUUGGUUAUCUUACAUCUAUGACAGAUUUCAAGUUUCUUUUGCUUGUGCUAAGCCAAUUAGAAAAAAGCUAAACUAUAAUAUAGUAAUUGUCCGUAUUCUCACUCAUACAAAUA